AUGGGAAAUGCUCUUCGAAAAUUAGGGGAAGGUGAAAGAAGAGGUACAGGUCGUUAUUUAGAAAGUAUUCGUAACAUGUUUGGUCAUAAUGAUACAGGGGAUGCGAGUAUUGACAAUCCUAAACGGAGCAUCCGAAGUGUAGAUGGCUUAGAAAUGGGAAAAGGAGUAGUAGGAAGAGAAGAAAUGGGAAAAGGAGUAGUAAGAAGAGAAGAAAUGGUAAAAGGAGUAGUAGGAAGAGAAGAAAUGGUAAAAGGAGUAGUAGGAAGAGAAGAAAUGGUAAAAGGAGUAGUAAGAAGAGAAGAAAUGGUAAAAGGAGUAGUAGGAGGGGGAACAGAACGGAUGAACUACAUACUGAGGGCAGUAAAAGACAUGACCGCGUAUGAGAAAACACUGCUGUCCAUAGCUUUACUAUUUUUAGCUAUUAAUGCAUAUACAAAUUUAAGUUAUCCAAAAAUAAUGGGUCAAUGUGUUGAAGCAGAGGAUGGGGAAUAUACCAAGUCUAAUUUGUUAAUAACAUUAUUGCAAAAAACGAAUUUUUUAAAAAAAUUUUUAUUCAAAUCAGAUAAUAAUAAGACAGUAAGUACUAUAUUUAAUUUUUUGCCCUAUUUUGUAUGUGGAGGGUUAGCAUCUUAUUUUAGAAUAUACUUUACAAAUAAAUGUAUUACAAGAGUGGAAUACCGAUUAAAGAGACAAGUACAUUAUAAGAUAAUUACACAGAAUGAUGAGAAGUUUAAUAAAACUAAAUCAGCUGACUAUUUAGUGAACUGCACAUUUAAUGAAAUAAAAUUAUCAUCGAAGGAAUUGAUUACAUGUAUAACUCAAAUCUUACGUUAUAUAAAUUCAAUAAUAGGAGGUAUUAUAUCGAUGGUUUUUAUCUCCUCUUAUUUGACAAAAUUAUGUAUUAUCAUUGUACCAGCAUAUGGUUUCUUUGCAUUAUUUAUUUUGAGAAGGUUAAGAAAUAUUAAGAUGGAUGUAGCUCAUUUUGAAGAAAAACAAAUGGCUCGUUUUUCCGACAUUUUAAAAAAAAAAAAUAUUAUUUCUUUAUUUGCAAAUGAAAAUUAUGAAAAUAAAUAUUUUUCCGAUGAGUUAAAAUUCACAAAAAAAUUGAAUGAUAAAUAUGUCCAUUGUGAAUCCUUGUUUUAUUCUUUUUUAAAUAUAGGUACUAAUCUUGUUAUUUGUUCAAUUUUAUGUUUUGGUAAAAUCGAACUCAGUAAGAAUAAUAUUACCCAUGGUCAGCUUGUCUCUUUUAUUGCUUAUAGUAGUAUGUUAGGUUUGGGCCUAAUAGGUAUGAUUAAGCUGAAGAAGGACCUAAGCAUUCUUCACUUAAGUUUACGCAAAAUUUAUGAAAUUAUCGACGUGCCCCCAGUAGGUACUCACACAUGUGGAAGCAGUGAGGCAUUGAGCAAGUACAACAGUAGUAACGAUCCUCAUGAGGAGAACUGUCCACCAAUGGCCGACAUCAUCCAGAGGAACUAUAGCCUUGUUUUAGAGCCGCACAAGAAGAUAGGCAAUAUAAAUGAUGGCAGUAGCAAUGGCUGCAUUAAUAAUGUAUGCAAUACAGAUAAUAGUAGUAGUAGUAGUAGUAGUACUACUACUAAUGAGAGCAGUACUAAUAGUGGCAGAGUAGAGGGGAACGUUUGCACCCCCCGGAAGUCCCUACCAGCGGAUGAAAAUAACAAGUUUCCUCGAGAGGUUAGGGGGUCGAUAAGAUUUGAAAAUGUACACUUUUCAUAUAACAGUUAUGAUGAAAAUAGGAAAAAGAAAGUGUUGACAAAUAUAAAUUUUGAAAUAAAUAAAAAUGAAAAAGUAGCCAUUGUAGGAAAAAGUGGGUCAGGUAAAUCCACAUUAUGGAAAUUAUUAACAAAGGAAUAUGAAUACGAAGGUAAUAUAUAUGUUGAUAAUUAUAAUAUAAAAGAUAUAGACAAAACAUUUUUUAAAAAAAAUAUUGUGUCUAUCAAUGAGCAGGAGUGCUGUGUUUUGAAUAGGUCCCUUUAUGAGAAUUUAACUUACGCGCUGAUACCUGUUCAAAGGGAGGAAGAAAAAAGUGGAAAAAAAAAAAAAAAAAUCAGUUACAGUUGUGGGCGGGGUAGUAGUAGUAGUGGAAUUGGUAACAACUGGGAAAGAAAGGACAGUAGUAGGACACCAAAAAUAAUUUUUGACAGUAUGGACUUUGAAAAUUUGAUACGCAAAAAAAUUUGUUUUCAGGCCAUCAUGCUAGGGAACCAAACAAGUGAUAACGCUUCAUCCAAUUUAACACACAAAAAUGAACACAUUUCAUACAAGAUAUAUCAUAAUAAUUCUAAAAGAUUUUCGAAUAAUAUUAUAGAGGGUAAAGAUAAUAUUAGUCCCUCUUUAAAUUCUUCCGAGGAAGAAUAUAUUUCUUUCAUUCGAGGAGAAAAAGAAUUAAUAAUACGUGAAAAUGUAAAAGAUGGAGUUGAAGAUGAUGAUACCACAGAUACAACAAACAGCAAUAGUUGUAUGAAUAAAACUAUUUUAACUGAUAAAGUAUCUACAGAAUUGUACAGAAAUAACUACGAAUUGUUGAAUCAUUAUGGACACAAAUUAGACAUAAUAAAUGCAACAGUAAAUGUAUUAUGUGAAGAACUAAAUUUAAAUAAUUUCAUUCGCUCAAUGCCUGAACAUAUUCAUACAAUUAUUCAAAAUGAUUCCAUCUCAUCAGGACAAAAACAGAGAUUAUCAAUAAUUCGCUCCCUUAUGAAAGAUACACCAAUAUACAUUUUUGAUGAAAUUACUUCCUUUUUAGAUGAAGCAAAUAUAGACAAGCUAUUCAGUCUUAUUAACAUGUUACUACCAAAUAAAACUAUAAUCUAUAUUACGCACUCAGCAAAAAUUCUGCAUCAAAUGGAUAAGGUAAUUAUCGUUGAUGAUGGGGAAAUAAGCUCAGUGGGAACGUACGAUCAGGUCAAAAAUCAUCCACUCUUUAUGAACAUUUUUUCAGUUGCGCAGUAG